AUGCCGUCAAAGACACCAAACCUCGCUCUGCACCAGAGCGCCGGGCCCAGCAGUAACAUUGACAUUGUCCCUUCAGCAUCUCAUGCGCCAAUUCCGCCACUAAAUCGAUCCCUAUCGCGCAUAACCACUGCGUCAACCGUCGAGUACAAGCUCUACAAACGUCGCUUUAUCGGCCUAGCUCAGCUUGCUCUUCUCAACAUCGUCAUCUCCUGGGAUUGGAUCACGUUUGCGCCAGUUUCUGAUUCUGCUGCACAAUACUUUGGUACCUCGGAAACCAACAUCAAUUGGGCAUCUACCGGCUUUCUUUUCGCCUUCAUUGUAUCUACACCUUUCACAUUUUGGUCCCUUCAUCAUCACGGACCGCGUCUUGCCAUUCUUUUCUCCGCCGCCCUCACUCUUGCCGGCAAUGGAGUCAAGUACGGCGGCACAGCCUCCAACAACUUUGCCGUCAUGCUGGUGGGCCAGAUGAUCAUUGGACUUGCACAGCCGUUUGCUCUCUCCUCUGCCACCAGUUAUUCCAACCUCUGGUUCAGUCCCGCAGGACGCACAGCUGCCACGGCGUUGAUCUCCCUUGCCAACCCUUUCGGCGCCGCCAUCGGCCAACUGAUUUCGCCGUUUUGGGUGGGCCGCCCGGAACACAUUUCUAGACUGGUCGGCUUCGUAGGAAUUAUAUCUGCAGCCGCGUCUUCCUUCGCCCUUUUCGUGCCUGGGCAACCACCGACACCCCCUUCUGCUGCCUCCGCCUCUUCUUCCAACCAAAGACCUCUGUGUCCCCACGAUGCAGACUGUCCAAGUGACCGCCCUGGUUCUGCGAUAUCCAUGCUCACCCAUCUGCGUGCCCUUUCUCGGUCGCCUGAGUUCUACCUCCUCGCAGUCCCUUUCAGCAUCUAUGUUGGCUUCUUCAACGCCUUCUCUUCCCUCAUCAACCAAAUCCUCUCUCCUUACGGGUUCAGCGAAGAUGACGCUGGUAUCGCUGGUGCGAUCCUGAUAGUCGUAGGACUCGUCGUUGCAGCAAUUUCUUCGCCAAUAAUCGACCGCUCCCACGCCUACCUUCGCUAUAUUCGCCUUGCAGUGCCAGUCAUCGGCAUCUGCUACCUGAUUCUGGUUUUCGCAGUACCUACCCGCUCAUUGCCCUUCGUCUAUGUUGUCUGUGGUGUGUUGGGGGCUGCAUCGUUCGGUUUGGUGCCUGUGGCGCUGGAAUUCUUGGUGGAGAUCCACUACCCUUUAGGACCAGAGCUGGGUUCUUCCUUGUGCUGGUGCGGCGGGCAGUUAAUGGGUGGGAUCUUCAUCGUGGUGAUGGAUGCGUUAAAAGGACGCGGCGGCUACAAGGGCGUUGAAGGUGCAAUGCAGCGGAGCCUUACGUUCCAGGCCGUGCUAGCAAUACUGGUGAUGCCCCUCCCAUUGUGCUUGGGACUCUUCGGUCGGCAAGAGAGGAUAAGACGCCGACGUUGGGAGGUGGAUCGCCAAGGAAUGGGUGGAGAGAUCCGAGUCGAAGAUGCGGACGAUUUAAGGCGCACCGCUACAGAAGAGGAGGAGCAACAUGUCGAGGGUAGGGUCAUGAUAUGA